GUGAAGUAAUCGAUACAGGAAGUGAAAGAGCCGGACAGUGGAAGGGUGUAGGGGGGGUUUAAUUUACGUUGGUGUCGAGUGCUGAGGUGGAACAGUUAGUGACCUGCAGGAUCUGUCGCUGGUGCAAUGGGGGUUUGUCCCAGAGACAAGAACUAGUUGCCGUUCCUUCCUGUGAUUGGUCAGAUGUUCAUAGAGGCUGCUGUCAUAGUACAAAAUGGCGGCAGUGCUGGAGGUGGAAAUCGGGGGAGAAGCUGUGAGAGAAGCAGCGGGAGAAGAGUUGGAUUUGUCUGAACUGGCACCAGAGGAACGAUGGAGGGUGGAACACGCCCGUAUGCACGCCAAGCACCGGGGGCACGAAGCCAUGCACGCAGAGAUGGUCCUUAUACUUAUUGCCACCCUGGUGGUCGCACAACUGCUGCUCGUACAGUGGAAGCAGAGGCACCAGCGCUCCUAUAAUAUGGUGACCCUCUUUCAGAUGUGGAUCGUCCCUGUGUAUUUCACAGUAAAGCUGCAAUGGUGGAGGUUCCUGGGCAUAUGGUUUCUGUUCUCCAUAGUCACAGCAUACAUCACAUACAAAGCAACAAGGAAACCCUUAGAGCUGACCACACCCAGGCUGGUGUAUAAAUGGUUCCUGCUGCUGUACAAGAUGAGCUAUGCCACUGGAAUUGUGGGAUACAUUGCCGUCAUGUUCACUCUUUUUGGCCUAAACUUAUUGUUCAGGAUAAAGCCAGAGGAUGCCAUGGACUUCGGGAUAUCACUUCUGUUCUAUGGCCUUUAUUAUGGGGUGCUUGGCCGGGACUUUGCAGAAAUGUGUGCAGACUACAUGGCAUCCACCAUAGGGUUCUACAGCGCCUCGGGGAUGCCCACUAAGCACCUGUCAGACAGUGUAUGUGCCGUGUGUGGCCAGCAGAUCUUUGUAGACGUGAACGAGGAGGGGAUCAUCGAGAACACGUUCAGGCUCUCCUGCAACCAUGUCUUUCAUGAGUUCUGCAUCCGCGGCUGGUGCAUCGUGGGAAAGAAGCAGACCUGUCCGUAUUGCAAGGAGAAGGUGGACCUCAAGAGGAUGUUCAGUAACCCAUGGGAGAGACCACACGUCAUGUACGGGCAACUGCUGGACUGGCUACGGUACCUUGUUGCCUGGCAACCUGUAAUCAUAGGACUGGUACAAGGCAUCAACUACUGCCUAGGACUGGAAUAAGCCCCUCCCCCAACUCCUUUCUCCCGCCAUGUCAACAUCCAUGUACCGGAAACCAACGUGAUUGGGCGCCAGCGAGGCACCUCCCACUCCUCAGGAUUCGACCCGGCGGCCUCUCCUCUCAUGGAAGCUGCUCAGACACAGCCGUGCAAUGUUAGCGGGACGGGGCCCUUGUUCUAUUAUUUAUCACAACAAUUUCUUUGCCCCAAGGGACCCACCACUUUGUUGUUUAUUUUAAUCCAUUUAUCCCCACUCGAUCUCCCAGGGCAGCAGUCCAUUUAGCCUUAGAUGUGUGUGAUAUUAACCCCUGCAGUGUUAGGAGCACCAUAACAUCACCCUCUUCUCUAGGAGUGGCGCCACCUAGCUGCCUGGAAGAUUUAUUGGUGCAUUUGUGGCUUUCAAUGGAAGAGGAGGAGACUGGAAUCCAUCAGAUUUAAAGGCACAAGCACCCGUCAUGGAGCACAGAGCAUGUUCUGGAAAAUCCAAACACCCACCUGUCUCCUCUCAUGACUCCAGCGCUGGAAUUGUACCACCAAACCGGCUGUUUCCUUCCCUAAAACCCACGUUAGAAAUCUGACUUUUAAGAAAUGUUUUAAAAGAAUGUAAAUGAGAAACCUGAUUGGACAGCGAUUUUGUUUCUCCCAAAAACCCCAUGUUUAUACAAAAGGGGGCCGAAAACGCAGACCUGGGUAUAAAUGAAGCAAAGAAAUUCAAUAUUAAAAUAUAUAUAUAUAUAUAUUUAUAUAUAUAUAUAUAUAUAUAUAUAUAUAUAUAUAUAUAUAUAUAUUAUAUAUAUAUAUAUAUAUAUAUAUAUAUAUAGUAAAGGGGAACUUUGCCCAAAUAAAGGAAAUUUUUAUUAAGAGUCACUAUCUGCCUGGGUAGUGCUACUCUCUGCACUGCUGGUUCUGACUGUUGAAACAAUGGAGCAGCUCACCUACUACUCUUGCAUUGUCUUCAUAGUUCUGUUCUUUACAGACGGAGCAAGGAAUUGUGGGAAUAUUGGCUGGAGGAGAACUGUUUCCCAAUACAUUUACCAAAGUCAGAAACAGCAGUGCAGAGAGUAGACCUUUUUUUCUUAUUGAACAUUUUAUUAUGUCCGUUACUUGGGGGGAGUUGGCUGUAAGUGCUUGAGCAGUGCAGGGAUGGAACCAUAGUCUGUGCAGUUCAACCUCCAUAAAUGAAGUGGUCGCUACUAUAAAUCUGUGAGUGUUGUGGUUUGAUCCAGUACAACUGGGACUAAUGGUACCAGGACUGAGUGAAAUUGGUAUUUAUACACAAGAGUGGGAGCUGCCAUACUGCUUGCCUCAGCCGACGGAUACGCCAUUGCUUCAAUAGAACAUUGCUAUCUGUCGGCUGCCAAGAUUACUGCUGUUUAUAGAACAUGGCAUUUAUUAAGGAGAGGGAAUGUUGUGGACACUCGCUAUGCAAACCCCUCAAUAUUGUUUGUGUACCUGAAGUGAUAUGGCAGCUCCCAUCUCUAUGCAGAAAUACAAAUACCCAUAGAAGGAAUUCGGAGUACUGUCUGGGGGAAAUAGAAUGGCAGCUCCCACUUGUGUAUAAGCAGCAAAGGAGUAACCCAGCCGGGCAGUAACCCAUGGCCACCGUUCAAGUUCUGGCUUUCGUUGUUCUUCCCGUGGUGUCGAAUCACUGACUGGUCGCUAUGGGUUACUGCCCCUUGUUGCGAAAUUAGUAGGAUUGUCGGCCAUGAAUAAUGGGGAUUUUGGUUUCUCUUGUGGUGAAUUGAGGUACAUAUCCGUCAGUUUGAUUGUUAUUUACAGGUGAAGGUGAUGGAUUGUUCUAGGGUUCAGUAUUUUCACCCAUUAUUUAUGAUGUUUCUUAAAAGUUGGUGGUUGUUACCCACCCCUUGGGUCAGUCUUGGGGGCAUCUCGGCCUCCAUGCACCGAUGGGCCCACAGAGAUUGGUUGCACUGUGCUAAAUCAGGGUGCAACCUAACUGGCCGUGACCAAUGUGCAGCAUGAGACCGGGCAACAAAUCUUCUUGUAUUUGAAUUAAGUGGGGGGUCUCCUGUGUGGCCUUGGGCUGAAUCAGCAGAUCCACCUGAAAUAGAUCAGCCCCAGUAGGUAUGUAAAUAUUAGGCACAUACAACUUGCUGCCCUCCAGUCCCCCCACAGUGCCCUAAAGUCCAGCUCUGGGUUUCACUGCAUGGAGUCUGUACCCCCCUAGUCUCUGAACAGGAGAUUGUCUUUAUGGAUUGCUCCACUCCCCGGCGGGUGGGACGGGAAACUAUUUUAUAUCAGACCUGGACACGGUUCUACUGACUAUUUAUUCUGUUAGGAACAGAGUCGCCCCGGCUAAACUCGAUCCAAUAAAAUCUCUCAUGUUCUGCUUUUAA